AUGCCUACUCGUGUUCUGUCUGAUGAGUUUCCGCAUUUUCGUUAUCCUCCGUCUUAUCGCGGCUAUUGCUGUUUGGACACUAACACUAAUAAGGUUGCUAGACCAUGUUCCGAACCUUGGGCUACUGCAUCGAUUGUGACGUGCCGAGGUGGUGGUGUCUCAGCCACGGCUGUUGAUGAUGCUCAGCAGUCUGAUGAGCCCGUCUCGGCUUCUGGCGAUGGUGACGAUAAUGGUCCCGAGCAGUCCUCAUCAAAUCGUGUUACUGCUCUUAUUGAUAAAUUAGCCCUUGAGUUUAAGGUUCGUGAUAUGGGUGUGCCUUCUUUCUUUUUGGGUAUUGAGACUCUCCCGUUAUCUGGCGGUAUUCUCAAACGUGCUGGCAUGGUUGACUGCAAGCCAGUAGUCACGCCCGUCUCUUCUGCGAAGAUCACCGACGAAGUCGCCGUUCCCUAUCCCAAUCAUAUACAGUACAAGAGUCUUGCAGGUGCUCUCCAGUAUCUUACGGCCUCUCUGAAAACAGUCAUGCGGUAUGUCAAGGGCACCCUGAAUCUUGGUCUGCGGAUUUCUCGGUCUACAUCUAUGGAUAUUCACGCUUAUUCUGACUCAGAUUGGGCUGGCAAUCCGAAUGAUCGCAAGUCUACUAGUGGCUUUGCUGUGUUCUUAGGCAGUAAUCUUAUAUCUUGGGUAUGUUGGAAGCAACGGACUGUGGCACGUUCUUCAACUGAAGCAGAAUACAAUGGGCUAGCUGAUGUAUCUGCAGAGGUUACAUGGCUUGUUUCCCUAUUAAACGAAAUCGGCAUCCCUCCUGCGUCUCCUCCUCGACUAUAG